ACACAGCACCUCGCAGUGCCACACUAUAAAAGUAUGGUGUCACAAGCGGUUGAAAAAAAAUCUAGUUAUGGCUCAUUGUGUUAAGCUGGUGAUGUUGCUCAAAGUGUUGCUCCUAUCGUGCUGUUUCGCACAUCCAACCAAUCAGCAGCAAACGUCCGAUCCUCCCACCACGGAAAAUGUGGAAUGUUUAAUCGAGUUUAAGGAGCUGCUGAAGCUCGUAUUUAAACUUCUUUCUGUAGAAUCGUUUGAUUUGUUAAGCGAAAUGAAUCAUUUCGAAAAGAUGCAAGCUCAAGAAAAUGUCGGCUCUGCAUCAUCUUCAAAAUCGACUGAGAACAAUCACGACAACACCGAGCAGCAUAUUCAUUUCCUGUUGGAAAAGUUGGACAUGCUAAUGAGGAACUUUAACCAAACAGUUGGCACCCUUUCCUGCUUUAAGCAGACUCGCUUUAAUCGCGAAACGGCUAGCCACGUAGCCAACUUACGCCAACAAUCCACCAUCAAUUGCGACACUUCUCCAAUGGUGUGUAUGGUGUUUCGUCUUCUGCACUGGAUGUACGUAGAGCCUACGUACGAGAUUAUCCAGCUGUUGCGCUUUUGGAUACGUGGUAACAAAUCCUUUCAACAGUGAUAAGAUAAACCGCGCUCCUAUCGAUCGAAGGCGUUCGAACUGCCGGAAGGGAUAGUCCCGACCCCGACAAUACCGUGACACCUGACCAGAUAAGACUGCACACACACAGACACACACACCCACGCCCGAGAUGAUAAGAUUGCAAUUGUUUUAAGUGACGGCAGAUUUGCUUGCAUUGAUUGACGAUCGAGUGGAAAUUUGAAUGGAAUCUGGUAAAUUAAUAGCAAAUCACAGACAGAUCAAAAGAUGGUUCAGUAGACUGAGGAAGUGUGUGCAAUGUCACUGAACACAAUAAAGUGUGACUAAUACUUACUCCCCAUCAAAUGAUUGAUUUUAAAGAAA